AGACAUCAAUUCAGUUCAACAAAAGAGUCAGCCGAAGCAACUUCACAAACUAAUUGGAUAAUUUCUUGAAAAAUGCCUUACUACGAGGACGAACGUCGCCAUCACCAUCAUCAUCACCAUCAUGGUGGCAGGCCAAUUGUGGAGGUGGACAUCGUGCCACCGAGGAUUCCGCGGCCGGUGAUCGAGAUUGGAUUGGGUGGGGGUGGCUAUCCACCACCACCCCCACGGGUGGAGGUCAUCACUCCCGCUGCCGUCUAUCAGCCACCGCCACCACGUCCCAUCAUCGAGGUCGAUGUGGUGCCCCCAAGUCGACCCUUCAUCGAGUUCAACAUCGGCGGUCGUCGUCCUCCUCCCAGGGAGGAGAUCAUCAUCGUCCAGCAGCCCCCACCGCCCAGGUGGUAGGCGUGGCCCAUGAAGGACAGUUGAAAAGUGUGAACUUUAAAAAAAAAUUCUUCAAAACUCCUAAAACUCACUGGAUUAAUGUUAGAUUUUAGCCUAAAUAAAGACAGAAAUAAAAAUAUAUUUUAUAUGUUGCUAUUAAUUCCUAUUAAUUCAUUUACAUUUAUUAAAAAAAUAAAAAGAAGUGCCUUUUCUUAAGAUAAUCUAUAAAUACGUUUGUACUUAAAAAUAAAGAAAAAAAAAGAAAAAUAAAUGUUCACGCUUUUCAAGUA